AGUCACAGCUCACGUUGUUUUCGCCAUGACGCGUCACAGUAGCUGUCUCACCUAAGUGUGCCACCGUGUGCUUUAAUACGCGUGUGUUCAGCAGAGCGUUAUUGACAGUAAACCUACGCCAGCUAGCAUAUCAGCUGGCAUAUGUGCAGCUGUAAGAGAAAUAAGUAAAUGUGUAUAUGUGCUAUAAUAUACAUAUACCAAUAUGCAGCAGUGCAGUCGUUGGUUGGGGGGCAUGUAUGAGAGUCUUACGCGGACCAAGAGACAGUAUCUAUUGCCACAGGAGGGAGGGAGGCAGACGGUGGACGAGACGGAGACAGCCACCCCUCCACGAUGGGGUGUAGGGAGUUCUUUGCUACUUGGGACAUUUCUGGUUUCUGGACAUCUCGUCGUUAAUAUCGCAGGUCCGUCAGCUAUUGUGUCAAUGGUCGUAGCGGCUCUGGCGGCCACCCUGUCUGGUCUUUGCUGCUUAGAGUUGUACUGCCGUGCAAGAGAAUUCUCUCUCUAUGCAGCCACUUACAGGGUCACAGGAGAGUUCUCGGCAUUUCUCGUCGGAUGGGACGAUAUUAUGCAAAACAUCUUUCUUGUGGCGUCAUGCGCACGUCAGAUAAGUGUCUCUAUCGACUUCCUCACUGGACUGCGAAUCAGGAGUUUUUACGUGGACGACCUCGGUUGGGUGCUCGGGCACUCAGAUUACCCAGACCUCCUUGCGGGCGGCAUAGUGAUGGCAUGCACUUGGGCGCUCUGUCUGCGCAUGUGUCAACUUCACAAAUACUGGCAUUUUGUGAUGACGGCACUAGUGAUGACAACUGUUGGUUUCGUCAUGAUUUCGGGGCUCUUUUACCUUCGAAGAAGAAAUUUCCAGGGAGAGUUUUUCUUCCAUGGCUCUGAUGGAAUGCUAGCUGGGGCCGGGUAUGGCUUCUUGAUCUUUGCCUCAAUGUUCACGAGGAGAACUUCAAUGCGCCGCGUCAGCUCUGCUGGGGGUAUGAAGUUUCCAACACUAUUCGUUGUAUUGUCUAUGACGUCACUCGGCGCCAUUAUGACGACACUGACCAGUGUGAUUGUGUCGCUGGCUGAGUUUCCUACAACCAAUGGGACGUACACAACUCCAUUGCUGGAGACCUAUGCAAGAACCGAGAAUAUUGUUAUCACAGAUAUGAUCGCAUCUGUUAGUUUACCACUAUUGUUAUUCUUGCUUGUCCAUUGUCUGAUCUCCGCCAUUAUAAGUGUGACGUCACUGACCUCGCACGGACUCCUUUGGAAGUUGUUCCUGAACAGUGAGGGGUCCUCCCGACCAACUGUGGCCGUACUCAGUUGCGGCAUCGUGACGACCUUCUCCGCCAUUUUGUGUCCUCUUCUCACGUUGAUUCUAACGGCUGCAACUAUAGAAAUUGUGAAUCACUUAGUGGCUUCAGUGGCCUGCCUCUACUCUAGAUUUCAAAUGAUUGAGAUCGACGACUUUGCCAAAGAUGAUGACGUCAAUAAAACGUCACUUCCUGGCUACGGUGACACUGACGUCAACGACCAAUCUGACGUCAGAGAUGCAAUUAAGAAAGAUAUAGACAUAGUGAGACAAGAAAUGGCCAAAGAAACCACAGCAGACGACCACACAGACGAUGACAAAUGUGAAGGCAGAAAUCAUAGAAGCCAGAAAAGGCGCAAUAGAGACAGCCAAUCAACGGCUGAAUCGUCAGACAUGGAUGAAGGUCAUAGUUCUGAGGAAACUGACAUUGAUGCAAUAGUUGCUGAAUACAAGGACCGAAUUAAGGUGGCGGCCAUUAGCGCACCAAACAGGCUCACAGGGGACAAGACCCCUACAGUGAAAUCAGAGCGAAAAGUGAAACUUGCAGUGCUUGGUCUCCUUUUGUCUACAGCAGGGUUGUCUGUGUCUCUGAUAACGGCGCCCUUGGGGCUCGGUGAUCAGCGGUACGUCUGGCUCAUUCUGUUUGCCGCUGGGUUCACAAUGAUCAUCCUCUCAGCAACUGGUUUCAUUCUCAUGCAGCCGCAGGACGAGUUGGCGAGCCGAGCCAUUACGUACAAAGUGCCGCAGUUCCCAUGGAUACCAAUUAUGGCGGUGGUGGUCGGGGUGCAUCUUCUCGUGAGAAUUCUCGAGAAGACGUGGUUAUUGACAGGGAUCUCGCUCGUUGUAGGUAUGUUGAAAACAAACACUACUGUGACACCUGGCACAAAUUAUCACAGUGCAGCAGCUGAAAAUGGCGACACACUAAACACAUUGUAUAGAUGUAAAGAGAAUUACAUGUCAGUCAGAAUUGUGUUAGGAGUGACAGCUAUCAUAUUUUUCUCCUCCAGGGAUCGUCAUAUAUUUCACAUAUGGUAUUCGAAACAGCGCCGAGGCACCAGCCAACUACAGCAGAGACGAGGAGGUGGUGCUGCUUGGGCCGUUUCCAAGGAAACGUGUAUUGUCUGA